CCUCCGUUCACUUGUAAAUGAAAUAAUUGUCAUUUUAUAAUAAAUGUCAUGUUUUGUUAUUAUAUCUAUUUUAUGCUUCAUAUAAUAAAAUAUAUGUAAUUGUUAAUAUUUCCGUUUUAUAUUUAUUCGUUAGUAGUGUCAUCUGAGUUGAUAAUUACCAUAGAUUACGGAGGGGGCUGUAUACUUAGGUACUAUUUUCAAUAGAUUAACUCGAUUGUAAAAUCUUAUUUUAUUGAAUAUGUCUGAAGUAACAGUUUGUGCAGGAAUUUAAAUUAGUAAGAAGAUGUCUCUAUAUGAUGAUCUCGACACCAAAGCUCGUACCACAGAAAAAGUGGCUGGCUGGUCUUCGGGAAUCAAAUUGCUUCAGUCUCAGUUACAACUUAAAAAAGCUGCGGUAACACAACCAAAAAGAGAAGCAUUACGGCGGUCUGCACAGGUAUUGACACCAGUUAUAGACUUGAAAAGUAAACAGAAAGAUGAUGAUGAAUCUAAUUCAAAUAGUCCAAAUCGCCAGCCUAAAACAUUAACAGCCUCACUCAAUGUACGAGAUUUUGACUGGAAUGUAGCCAAUGAAUACGAUCCCAUGUGGCCAAAUGAUUAUGAAAAAGUUGCAAAAGAAAUGCAAGCAAAGAGAUUUCAACAUGAUAGUAAUGAUAGAAAUGAAACAAGAUUAGAUAGGAAGCGGAAAAGUAGAUUUGGAGAUGAUGAAGACUCUAUUCCAGAGAAGACACUUAUACCUAUGCAACCUGAAGAAGAAGAAGCAGAAGAGAUAUCAAAACGUGCUGCUGGUGUUGCUAUAGCACCACCGCCGUCUUUAACAGUGGAAACACCAGCGCCACCACCACCUGUUAUUCCCAUAGCUACUCCUUCCCCUGGUUUCUCAUUGGGUGGAUAUGGAGCAAGUUCAGUUGCAGCGAAAAUUAUGGCAAAAUAUGGUUUCAAGGAGGGUCAAGGUUUGGGUAAAAAGGAGCAAGGUAUGUCAGUAGCCUUGCAGGUAGAAAAAACUUCAAAACGUGGUGGGCGCAUUAUACAUGAAAAAGAUGGAAAUGUAAUGCCGCCUCCUGGUUUUGCCAUGCCUGCAUUUCCUGGACCAGAUUCACCUACUGGUGCUUCAAACUCUCCUCAGCUUUCAAAGCAGGAACCAUCUAUAACAGAAAUAAUGAAGUCACCUAGUAAAGUGGUUUUAUUGCGAAAUAUGGUAGGCCCGGGUGAUGUUGAUGAGGAAUUAGAACCUGAAGUUAAAGACGAAUGCAAUACCAAAUAUGGAGAUGUUAUAAAAGUUUUAAUUUUUGAGUUGCCCAAUGCUCCUGCAGAUGAGGCUGUAAGAAUAUUUGUGGAGUUCAAACGGAUUGAAAGUGCUAUAAAAGCAGUAGUAGAUUUGAAUGGGAGAUUCUUUGGUGGUCGUCAAGUCAAAGCCGGCUUCUAUGAUGUAGAGAAAUUUAAUGGUUUACAGCUAACGGAAUAAAUUUACCAUAUAACUAUAAUAAAAUGUGAUAUUUUCUUUAUUUUCUUCCUGCCAGUA